AUGUUGACCAGACUGUUCAGUGAGCCCUCGCUACUCUCCAGCGUGCACCACCACCGCUUCCCGAGUUGGGCAGAGGACAGCGAGGGGGAGGAGGCCAAGCUGCGGGAGGAGGAGGCGGCGGCCACAGCGGCGGCCCUGGCGGUGGGCGUACGGGUGGUAGGCCUGGCAGCUGCUUCCAACGCCAGCGACGACAAGCUGGACCUCGCCGGACGCACGCCAUCCUCUGAGGCCGCCCCAGAUGACGACGACGAGGAGGACGAUGAGGAGGACGGUCUAGAUGGCGACGAGGACGGCGGUGGCUGUGGAGGGGACGCAGGUGUCGGAGGUGACGAGGACCAGCCCCGGAAGCGGGGCCCCAAGAAGCGCAAGAUGACGGCGGCGCGCAUGGAGCGCUCCAAGGUGCGCCGGCAGAAGGCCAAUGCCCGGGAGCGCACGCGCAUGCACGACCUCAACUCGGCGCUGGACAACCUGCGCAAGGUGGUGCCCUGCUACUCCAAGACGCAGAAGCUGUCCAAGAUCGAGACACUGAGGCUGGCCAAGAACUACAUCUGGGCCCUGGGUGAGAUCCUGCGCUCGGGCAAGCGACCCGACCUGGUCUCCUACGUGCAGACGCUCUGCAAGGGGCUCUCCCAACCCACUACCAACCUGGUGGCCGGCUGCCUGCAGCUCAACACGCGCCACUUCCUCACCGAGCACUGCCAGGACCCGGCCGCGGCUCGCUACCACCACGCCGGGGGCCCCUUUGGCCCCUCGGGCGGGGUGGGGGCCUCCAUGUCGGCCUCGGUGCACGGCUACCACCCGUACGCCUGCUCGCGCCUCUCUGGUUCCCAGUGCGGAGGGGGGGCCACGGGCCUGUCCUUGCGUUCCCAUGGAUACUGCUCGGCGUAUGAUUCUCUGUAUAGCGGUGGAGGAGGUGGGGGCUCGCCGGAGUACGACAGCGGGGAGUACGAGCCCGGCGUCAGCCCGCCACUGCCCCUCUACAUCAACGGCAACUUCUCCCUGCGCCACCAGGACUCGGGCUCCCCGGACGCGGCCGAGAGGGGCUACCACUACUCUAUGCACUACUCUGGUGCCAGGGCAGGGGGUGGCGGAGGGGCAGCCGGCCCAGGAGGUGGUGGGGGUGGUGGGCAUGGUGGUGGAGGAGGUGGUGGUGGUGGUGGGGGCCUAGUGUUUGGCUCCAGGGGGGGCUCGGUACACGCGUCGUCCGGAGCAGGGGCAGUGCACGGGGACGGAGCGGUGCUGCCCUAUCACCACGACAUGCACUUGCACCACGAGCGCUCCUCCGCACUCUAUGAGGACGUGAACGCUUUCUUCCACAACUGACCCUGGGUGUAUUUUGUGUGUGGACCCACAAUCAUCUGUACUGUACGUGUGUGUGUGAGUGUGUGCUUAUCUGUGUGUGUGUGGGCGUGUGUUUAUGUGUGUGCUGUGUGUGAAAGCGUGAUUAGUGUGUGGCCUCUUGUAAGGGUGAGAGAUCCUUGUGUCUGAUUGGUUUCAGGUUAUGUAAAUGAGUGAGUGAAUGAACGCAUGUUGCUCUGUAAAGAAUACAAAGUCAGCCUGCUGUAUUGUACUCUCUCACAAUCACACUCACUCUCUCUCAACCUCUCCUGACCCACGUCCAUUUUACCUGCAUCCACCACAACUGUGUCAAACACACAGUUGGAUUACUCCAUUCAAUUCCCCCCUUGAGCUCCCCAACAAUGAUGUAACUGGUGGACACAAUACUGUGAAGGACAAAAUAUUUGACUUUUUUCCUUUUUACAUUUGUUUCUUUUUUUCAAAUAUUUAUGACACUGGUGUGAAUCUGAAAAAGAUG